AUGACGAGCCAAAAAACUUUAAGCCAGUUCUGCAAACUCAUUGUUGAGGAAAUCAAGCAGGGCGGGGAGAUAGAGGACGUUGUGGAGCGUCUGAUGGAGUAUCUCGCGGACGAAGGGCUCCUUCCCGCCGCGCACCGGAGCAAGCAGAAAGGGGCGCCCCCACGGAACAACGGCGGCCGGAGGAACAAGCUCUAUCAGCAGAGUAACCAGCAGGCGAGCAGUUCCUAUAAAAAUAAAAGACCGGAGCGACACUACGCCGUGGGGGAAUUCAUGACAGUUUUGCGGCAGCCGGAGAUUCGACAACUGUUCGAUUUGUUCAAGGGAAUGGUCCACCACUUUUCAACAUCCGGAACAUCUUCAAAUGGGGACGACGCAUCAAGUGCUCUUGAUCCAGUAACCAUGCUGCUCAGCUUCUUGACCAUGCAACCGGUGGACAUGAACGCGCGUGCGGAAGCUAUCGAGCAGGUGAUGACCCACGUGGUCGAGGAGGAGGUGAAGUACUACGAGGAACAUCUUCAGUACUCGCCGCCCAGCACGGCGAGGGAUGUUGCCAACGGCCACGACGAGGUGUGGGGCCACAAUCUCGACGCCGUGCUCCAGCGACCGCCCGUGGCCCCGCAGCGGGAGGGACCAGCUCCUGUGACUCAGGCAGCUGCACCUCCGCAAGGAGACGACGAUCAAGCGGCGGCUUUAGUUGGGCAAAGUCAAAGCAUUGCGCCGCCCCCCCACACUGGUAAUUUUUAUGGGGGAGGAGAUAAUAACUAUGUCGCUCCAGCACCAGCAGCUUCUGCAGCACCGCAACCUGGAGGUCCUUAUUUCUCGGCUUCACCGCAAAGGCAAACCAUGACCAAUCCCGGUAGAGACCCUGCAGGAGGUGUUUCGGCAGGGGGCUACCAGCAGCAAAAUAGCAGCGGUG